UUCAUCUUUGAAUCUCCUGCGAAGGAGAAAGCAGCAGGCAGCUGGCGCUGGUGUCGAGCUUGAGAGCGCUUUGGCUGAACGUCCCUACUUGGAUUUGGUCCUGUCAACGAGAGUCAAAGAGCUGUAAAACUGUGCCUUGGUAUCAACGUAUGUUUGGAUAUCUUUUCCCACUACAGUCACACUUCAACCAUUCAAGAGUAACAGAUGGAGCUGUGAGCUGGGUCAGGGGGAAUUCACAGGAACCUGGGAACCCAGUGAAUCACAGCACUGGAGAAAACAAGUGGGAGAAGUCUAGAGAAGUAAGGCAGUCAUCCUCACUCAGUCCCCACAGGGAUAUUCUCAUCCCAGAGAGCCAGGUAGAGGUCCCCGAACCCAUCCCGAGACCGUAACACCGGGCCGCAGAGGGACAAGAGGAAAGUAGUGCGCAAGUUUCUUUCUCUGUCUCUCUUUUUUACAUUUCAGUCAUUAAUCAGAGGAGUGCUGCUCGGGAGCCUCACAGCCACCACCUCUUCAUUCUUCUGCAAUGAUAGGAUCCUCUCCUGGAGUAGGCUCGAAAAGCCGACCCUAUUCAACGGUGACUAGGGUCUGGUUUCAGUGAUGGACUAUUUUGGCAACUUCGAUAUUGGAAAAUAAAUUGUUCCCGGGGGCGAGACAGAGGGAAGCAGAUCAGGUCUGUAGGCAGGGGGCUCUGAGGGGAGCGUAUGAGGAGGAGUCAGAGAGCAGAGGAGACCCCUGACCUGUCCUGACAACACAGAGCUUCCCCGGCAACACACCCGGGCCACACAAGGAGACGGACAAGGAGCACCCACUCCUUUCGCAGGCAUGAGGUCCUUCCGUUCGUUCGGUAAUGAUGACCGUCACGUCAUGGCCAAACACUCCACCAUCUACCCAUCGUCGUCUGAACUGGAGGCGGUCCAGACCCUGGUGUCCACCGUGGAGGGUGCCCUCAAACACGUCUCUGAUUGGAUAGACCAGAGCAAUGUCCAAUCGGUGCAGAGUAACAGCCAGGCAGACGCAGCAGCCGGCCAGACAGACGGCCAGCCGAACCCCACAGACAGCACAAUGACCGAGGACGGUAGUGCUGACCAUGGCGACGACCUUAACGACGACCCCGACGUUAGUCCCAGCGCCAGCCCAGAUGACUGCACAGACAGCAGCAGCAGCAGGGAGCCCGGUGGAGGUGUGCUGUGUGGGGUGAUGAGGAUCGGCCUGGUGGCUAAAGGGCUGCUCAUCAAAGAGGACAUGGACCUGGAGCUGGUGCUGAUGUGUAGAGAGAAACCCACAGAUGCACUGCUGUGCACUGUCUGUGAUAACCUGCCCCUGCAGAUACAAAAGUUAACCGAAGAGAAGUAUGAGGUGCAGCGCUGUGUGCCAGAGGCAGCCAUUUUGGUGUGUAGUUCGACAGAGCCAAAACUCACCCUGAAGGUCACCCUCACCUCCCCGCAGAUGAGAAAGGACAGUGACACGGACGAACAAGUGGAGGGUGUUGAGCUGACAGACCCUGCAGACAUGCUGGACAGGCACAGAUGCCUGGUGGCCCUGGCGGCUCUGCGACAUGCCAAAUGGUUCCAGGCCAGAGUAAACGGGUUGAAGUCGUGUGUCAUCAUCCUCAGGAUCCUGAGAGACAUGUGCAAUAGACUACCAGCCUGGGAGCCGCUGAAAGGAUGGCCCCUGGAGCUGAUCUGUGAGAAGGCCAUAGCCACGUGUAACCGGCCGCUGGGUGCAGGGGAGGCCCUCCGUAGGGUCAUGGAGUGUCUCGCCUCAGGAAUCCUCCUUCCAGGAGGACCAGGGUUACACGACCCAUGUGAGAAGGAGCUGACCAACACCCUAACGGCCAUGACAGACGAGGAGGCAGAGGCCAUCACAUACAGCGCACAGCACGCCCUGAGACUGAUGGCGUUCGGUCACAUCUACAAGGUGCUGGAGAUGGACCCUCUCCCCUCUAGUAAACCCUCCCAGAAGUACCCAUGGUCAGACAAGGAGGGCUCAGGGCUGAAGAGGCCCUACGAGGAUGGGCCCACGGACGACAAAGACCUCAUCAAGAAGAUGAAGAGGAACCUGAGGAAAGUCCUCGACAGCAAAGCAAUAGACACCAACCAACCAAUGAAUGCUCUGAUGCGUCUGAAUCAGAUACGUCCAGGUCUGCAGUACAAGCUGCUGUCCCAGUCCGGCCCGGUCCACGCUCCUGUCUUCACCAUGUCUGUAGACCUAGACAGCACCGUCUACGAAGCCUCAGGCUCCUCCAAGAAGACCGCCAAGCUGCAUGUCGCUGUCAAGGUUCUGCAGGCGAUGGGUUACCCCACAGGGUUCGAUGCGGACCUGGACUGCAGUGCAGACGAGAAGUCGGACGGAGAGGGGAAGAGCGAAUCAUCUACACACUCAAGCAAUAACACAGCACACUCAGACAACUCAAAUACACUGGAGGUCCGAACUCAGGGUCCUAUUCUGACGGCCAGUGGUAAGAACCCCGUCAUGGAGCUGAAUGAGAAGCGCAGGGGUCUGAAGUAUGAGCUCAUAUCAGAGAGCGGGGGCAGCCACGACAAACGCUUCGUCAUGGAGGUGGAGGUGGAUAGUCAGAAGUUCCGCGGGGCGGGGCCUAAUAAGAAGGUAGCGAAGGCUUCGGCUGCGUUGGCUGCUCUAGAGAAACUCUUCUCUGGUCCCAACGCCGCUGCCAACAACAAGAAGAAGAAGAUCAUCCCACAACAUGCCACUAAAGGAGCCCUAGCUGCAGCAGCUGCAGCCUCAGCAGUAGCAGCCCAGGUGGCCAGAGGGAGAGGUAGAGCGGCAGCCCUAACCAGAGGAGCCUUCGUCAGCGCUGCCGCACCAGGAUACACACAGAUACCAGGUACAUGCUUCGGGACUCCAUAUGGAUACAGCGCUGCAGCCGCCCCAGCCUACGGUGGUCUUUUCAUUGACAAUCCUUUUUACCAGCCUCGGACCAUCGCACCAUUUAUUAUUCAUUUGGGUCCUCAAGAUCUCUUCUCUGACUUCUAGAACCAUCAGGUUGUGUGGCUUCUAAACUGUCGUACCUACAGUCCCGCUAAGGAGCUUGACCUUUGACCCAGCAGGCUGUCUGUCCGUCUCCCACCGUACGGUACAGAGCCAGCGAGCGGUCAAACCGAACUCCUCUCACUCUGUUCUGUCUCCUUACUACCCAAAUCAAAGGAAACAAACCUAAAAAAAAAAGCAAUACUUGAUUUGACUUUUUUGACUCUCAGCUGCAUCAAAACUGAAGGCUGAGUACCUUGGUCUUUUGGUCUCUUUCUUAUAUAGCAAUACUACACCUGAACUUUUUGGCUUCAAGCUUACUUGAGAUGAUGACGUGAAUGUUCAAUUGAGUCUUACCCAAACACAGCAUUGCAAUAUGUCAUUUCAAUUGUAUAUUCACUGUGUGUAUGUGUGGCUAUACCAUGGAAUAUAUGCAUAUAUGUGUAUGGUAUGUGUUUCUAGAAAUAUAUAUUACAUGUGCUGAAACUAUUUAGGAUGUACGUGUGUGUAAAUAUGAUAUACUUAUUGUUGGUAUAAAUUAUUUUAGAAUUACAAAGUGAAAUGUAAUUAUAAUCCCACAAUAUAGCUUUCUUCUUCUUCCAGUUUUAUAUACACUAAGCAAUUUACUCUACUCUAGUGCUAGGACAAUGCAAUAUGAAACUUGUUUCUUAAUUAACCUGUGCUAAUAGACUAGUGUAGUGAUGCUUCCUUUUCUUUUACCCCGAUGUCUUCUCAUCUGAGCCUUUCUGGACAUGCUCAAGUCUCUCUGGUCUACGGCUCGCUAGCACAGCCCUGGUCAGUCGAGAUUCGCUCGCUCACUCAACCUAGCAACCCUACCGCCCUCUCUGACACACACACACACACACACACACACUUCCUAUGUGACAGCACACAUUACUUUCCUGUUGACUUCCGGUCAGAAAGCACACUUCUCUACUCAGUGGAACAUUUCUCAUUGCUCCACUGCUAACAGGCGUACACCAGUGGGGGUUGCUGGGGGGGCAUAAUAAUGGCUGGAACGGCGCGAACGGAAUGGCGUCAAACACAUGGAAACCAUGUGUUCGAUGUAUUUGAUACCGAUUCCUCUCCAGUCCUUACCCCAAGCCCAUCCUCCCCAAUUAAGGGGCCACCAACCUCCUGUGGCGUACACCCUGUACUGUACUGCUGUAUCGGUACUCUACGUGCAUACACGCUAUUUUUAUAAUAACCUGGGGGUCUGUUGGACAACUAGAGUAUUCGAACACUGAAACCUCCUCACAGGACUACAUUACUCAGAGGACCAGCCACAGUCCUCUCUCUCUCUCUGGCCUACAGCAUAACGUGGGACCAAAAGCACAGUUCACAGGUUUGUUAGCUUGUAGAGGUGGUGGGUGGCCCUGUGACUGCACCACCACCUGUUCGCCCCCCCCCCCCCAUGCACACAUCUGUCGCCCCUCCGUCGCUCCACUGCUGCACGAAGGGCUUAGUUCACAAUCCCGUUUGCACAACUGUUGUACAAUGUGCAGGCAAACUCAUGAAAAUUGUAUUUUGUAUCACAACCAAUGUGUCAAAUAUAUUAUGCAUCAGUUGCACAAACCGAGCGUGAACUAAGUAAAAGCAUGCUACUCGGACAGUCCAACACACAGGGCUUACUGCUGCAUCUGUCAACACAGUCACAGACCAACCAGCCUCAUCACCAUGGAACAGUCCAACACACAGGGCUUACUGCUGCAUCUGUCAACACAGUCGCAGACCAACCAGCCUCAUCACCAUGGAACAGUCCAACACACAGGGCUUACUGCUGCAUCUGUCAACACAGUCGCAGACCAACCAGCCUCAUCACCAUGGAACACUCAUGAAUAGCUACAUCUAAUUAAAUGGAUAGUCCAACAUUAUACACAUUAUAGCUCUACUGUAGAAAGACAGACAGGACCCAGUCGUUUCAUAACCCCCACUUUACCCUCUCUAGUAUACCUAUUUAUAUACGAUAUAGUAUAAUAUACUACAUAUAGCAUACAGUAUGCUAUAUCUAACUGAUAAGGUGAAACCAUAGUAAGCUGUAGUUGGUAUUAUAUGAGUUUGUGUGUGGUUAAAUUAGUGUAUGGUGGUAAAGUAAACUACAGUGCCUAGCAAGAUUACCAACCCAGCAUCAAGGCCAUUUUAUCUGGUCUUGAAUAAGUGGACAUCCAAUAUCAGGAUGAGUCACUACAACCGUCCUGUAUCCAGAUGGAUGGAUCACAAAGUACAGGAUAAGAUAAGGUUAAUGAAUGUUUUUUUUUUAAAGCUUAUUUAUAUGAAAGCUGCUAAGAAUGUUAAAUCAACCCCAAAAUCAACAUUUUGCUAGUACAUUCUGCAAUAUCACUUUUGUGUUUUUCAAAUAGAUGCGCUAGGCUGAUACAAACAUAUCCAUAACUUCGUGAUCUGACAACUGGCACAAUACACAUCCAAAAAGGGAAUGAUCAUAUUUGAAUGUCCCAAAAGAUUGAAGCAUAGCUUUAAUAGCACUGAUUGGGUGGGUCAAAUCUUUUCACCAACAUACGGUAUUGUAUGUAUUUAUGUAUGUAGCUUCAGUUGGUGAGAGCUUCUGAUGUUUUGUCCUCAUCACUUUUUGGGAUGUUUAACACGACAGCCUUUUUUUUUUUAAACAACUGCAGUCAGAAGGAAACGGCUGAAAUAUUACAGGAAGUACAUGAAAUGCUUUGAUUCUUCUUUAUCUUCAUGGUAGUUUGAUCUUCAGUGUUUUUGUCAUUUUAAAUGUUGUUCUUUCUAUUUCAUUUUUUAAAUAAUGGGGGAACGCUAUUGAGCCUCAGUGUAACUUUCAAGACGAAUAACUUAUAGGAUUUAAAUCCUGGUGGGGCCAUACUUGUGAACUUUUUCUCAGUCUCAAAAUGCACAUCAGCCAAUUAAAAUGCUUGAGGUACACUGACUAUACCAAACCUUAGGAACACCUUCCUAAUAUUGAGUUGCACGACUUCAGUUCGUCAGGACAUGGAUUCUAUAAGGUGUCGAAAUUGUUCCACAAGGAUGCUGGCCUAUGUUAACUCCAAUGUUUCCCACAGUUGUGUCAGGUUGGCUGGAUGUCCUUUGGGUGGUGGACGAUUCUUGAUACACACGGGAAACUGCUGAGCGUGAAAAACCCAGCAGUGUUGCAGUUCUUGACACAAACCGGUGCGUCUGGUACCUACAACUAUACCCCAUUCAAAGGCACUUAAAUAUUUAGUCUUGCCCAUUCACCCUCUGAAUGGCACACAUACACAAUCAAUGACUCAUUUGUCUCGAGGCUUAAAAAUCAUUUUUUAACCUGUCUCCUCCCCUUCACCUACACUGCUUGAAGUGGAUUUAACAAGUGACAUCAAUAAGGGAUCACAGUUUUCACCUGGAUUCACCUGGUCAGUCUGUCAUGGAAAGAGCAGGUGUUCUUAAUGUUUUGUACACUUGUGUAGUUGUAAGUGAUCAAACACUACACAUUAGCUGUUCCCAUAACAUAACCUGGCACAUUUAGCCCUAUUCUAACCUUCAUGUGACAGUGAUUACUUCCUGUAACAAAUUCUGCGUCAUACUAUCAAAGCUCUUAGACUUAAUAUCCACCAACCAAUGGCAUUUCUUAAAAUGUGUCAAUUUGGCCACCAGAAGGAUAUUUUCAACCUCCAAAUUCAAGGUUUACUUUUGUUCUGCUUGGUGUGUCUCAAGUGUAGAGCGCCAAUUGCAUGAUGCACCCUUGACUAGGCUACUAGCGUUAGACAAACAGUCCAAAGAGCUGUUGGACUUGUCAAAUAGCUGUCGACGACGACUAAUGUGAGAUUCAAACCCUUGCCACAAUCUGCAACAUUUACAAGGAGUUGUGGAGUCUACACAGAGAGCUAUCUGACCAGUCACUCAAAACACACAUUAUCUUAGUUGCUUUGAUUAUCACAACAUGCCGUUUUACUUCCGUUAAGGACGCUUUCGUGAACAAGUGUUGGAUCACGUCCAACCACGUCAACGAUUUUAACUGGCUGAUACGGAAUUUGAACCGGUGUUAUGAUACUGAUGCUUUGUCGCCACAGACGGUUUGUUUCCGUUUACAUUUACAUUUUACAUUUAAGUCAUUUAGCAGACGCUCUUAUCCAGAGCGACUUACAAAUUGGUGCAUUCACCUUAUAAUAUCCAGUGGAACAACCACUUUACAAUAGUGCAUCUAAAUCUUUUAAGGGGGGGGUAGAAGGAUUACUUUAUCCUAUCCCAGGUAUUCCUUAAAGAGGUGGGGUUUCAGGUGUCUCCGGAAGGUGGUGAUUGACUCCGCUGUCCUGGCGUCGUGAGGGAGCUUGUUCCACCAUUGGGGUGCCAGAGCAGCGAACAGUUUUGACUGGGCUGAGCGGGAACUGUGCUUCCUCAGAGGUAGGGAGGCGAGCAGGCCAGAGGUGGAUGAACGCAGUGCCCUUGUUUGGGUGUAGGGCCUGAUCAGAGCCUGAAAAGAGAAAGGUCUAGAUGGAGUAGACCUAGAGUGGUCGAGUCGGGGACAACCGUUGUUGACAACUGUAGCAUUGUAGUUAAACCUAACUCUUUUCUUAACUUCAUUCUCCUAGCCUGCUGCGUUAGUUAUCCUAAAAAAACAAAUCAUCAGUAUCACCAGAUGGGACAUAAUGACGGCUAGCUGUGCAGGUUAGCAGAGGAUUAAGUCUGCCAGGUUAUCUGAUAAGAACAGCUAAAGUUUAGCGUUUGAUCAGUUGGCUGAUGUGCAGUUUGAGAUGGAGAAAAAGUUUAAACUUUUAAAACUUUUUCUGAUGUUCGCAAGUAUGGCCCCGGUAAGUCUAACUGAUAUCAUGGGUAAGCUGUUGUUGAGAGUUAUACACAUUUGAAGUAGAGAACAUUUAAAAGUCUGAACAUCAAAUAAAAUAUAAAACUUAACUAAACUAUCUCCACAUAUUUGUUACUGUGGUUUAUAAUCUAGUUGUCAAACACACAAUUCCCUUACAGAUCUGAAGUGUUCAGGUGUACCAGUAUUUGAAAUCUUCCUGUGGUGGUAUAUCUUCUCCUGUAACUAGACCUAAAGACCUUUCUCUUCAGGAAGUCUUUCUGUUGAUAAUUGUGCUCCUUGGGUGUCCUUGUAGCAUCAGCUGUGUUCUUUGUCUAGUUGUGUCUAUUUUUACUUUUUGUUAUUAUUAUUAUAAUGAAAAGCGCUUUACAAAUGUAAUUUGUUAUUAAUGAAUCACUCCGAUUGAUUACAUGAUAGACAAUCACUCCUAUUGAUUAGUCUUCUGGUACAAGUCUCUCAUUGAGAAUGUGUAUAACAAUAACCCACGCAGAGUAACACUCAAACCAAAGUCACUCCUAUUGAUUAGUCUUCUGGUACAAGUCUCUCAUUGAGAAUGUGUAUAACAAUAACCCACGCAGAGUAACACUCAAACCAAAGUCACUCCUAUUGAUUAGUCUUCUGGUACAAGUCUCUCAUUGAGAAUGUGUAUAACAAUAACCCAUGCAGAGUAACACUCAAACCAAAGCUUCACAUGGAAAUGAAAAACCCCGCAGGGAUAGUCCAUCCCAGAACCAAUGGGAUAUUCCAAUUGGUGUUCUUGGAUGAGAGGGUUUAGUCCCAUGACUGCGUGAACACCAUAUGGUACAAGCAUCACUUGUGGUGGUGCUGCCAGGCUGGGCUGGCUUGGAGAGGCUCCCCUAUCCCAUCGCUCGGAGCAGCCAGCCAGCAAGCAGCAGAGCUGAGAGUCUUAAUUGAAGUAGAAUCUUUUUUUUUGUAUCUCAGUCUUUGUUUUCUUACCUUUUUGAGAAUUAAUGUGUUUGUCUUCUGAAUUCAAAUUCAGGCUUUACAGACGGAAAGCCUGUGGCCUGUGGCAAAAAAACUACCCCUUCAAUACAACAUGCUCUCUCCGAGGGCUGUGUGUUGUGUUGAGACAUGCUAAGGCCAGAUGGCUCACAUAAAUAAUAGGCUACUGGACAUCAUCCUUCACUGAGCGUUGGUUGGCUUUUAAUUUCCCCCUGGAUUCUUCCCAGGCUAAUGAUCCAUGCCUCUGCUCCCUAAGGUGGGCCAGAGUGUAGAACACCUCACUGCUUAUCAGGAGCAUACACUGGGUUCAAAUACUAUUUGACCUAAUUUCAAAUACUUAAACUGAGCUUAAUUAUUCUAUUGCUCCCGGCAAGCUCAAUCGCAAAAGUGCAAACCCAGCCCAUCUGGCACUCCAGACAGGCUAAAGCAAACAUUACAAAUAUUUAAAAGAUUUCAAAUAGUAUUUGAACCCAUGUCUGGCUGGUAGUGUAGUGGAGAGAGCAGAUUGCCUCACUUAGUGCUUCUCAAUGGGCAGAUUGCUGUAUUUCCUAUAAUAUAUUAGAUCUCGGCGAUGAGAAGACCAGGCAGAAUAUAUAAUAGAUUGAAAUAUAUUGCCAUAAUGACGAUGCCUUUGAGUUAGGACAUUAAGGAAAAUGGUUAAGUGGCUUGGUUGUUGAUGAAUAACGAUUGUGUUCUUUUGAAUUAUAUAUUGUUUGAUUUGUGUGAUGGAUUGUGGUAAUAUAACCUCGUCCCUACCGACUUCCCCUGAACUGUCCCUGAUAGGUCCUCCUCCUUGACAUAGGAAAUGGGAUACAACAAGCACAAAACCACAUUAGCAAUAUUCCACCGAAUCCUACUCAGGGCCCCCCGGACAAACACACACACACACACGCCGGAGUUAUUCCAGCCCACCUCAAAAUACCCAUCCUCAUCAUCGUUGUCACGCACACCCACAGUACAGUAAUAAAACACAAGGUAAGACGGGGGUUCCUAUGGGGCUCUACCACCCCAGCUCAACGAUUGUAUUUAGUGCAAGCCACAAGCUUUUACUGAAGAUAUACUACAGGAACGGAGCCAUUUGUUACAGAGGAAUGACUUCCACCCCCCAUAACCAUGUACCUUGGUGCUUAACAAUGGGCUGUAGCUGUGUAUAUAGUUAUUUUAAGUUGUUUACUUAUUUUAUACGUGGAAACUUCUACAGCUCUAAUGUUUUACUGAGAGAGAGAAGGGGACUUGUGUGAGAGACUGGGGACUCGAUUAAAUCCCUAUCGCUGAAGUUCAGCGCUAUAGCGCGAUUGACAUAUUAACGGGAACGUUCCCAUGUUCGUGGAGACUGCAUGCACCGCUGCAUAUGCCGCCUCAAUCGGAAAUUACCUUUACAUUUUGAUCUCGCUAUAGCGCUGAACUUGUAUGAUACGGAUCGACUCGAGCUCUGAACAAUUUGAAAACUGGGAAUUCAAUUUGCGAGCCUACAGCAGCUCUGGAAUAGGAGUCCGAUCUGGUUACGCCCAGCGAGAGCGAGGUUCGCGAAAUUUUAUCACUGAACUGAACGUUUUCUUCGCCUGUCUGUGCUCUAAGUAGCUGCAGCACAUAGUUCAGGGUUAAGUCGGUCACAGUAUGGGAGAUUGUCUGUCACAAGUGGAAUGCCGAUCACUUGUUACAAGCUCGCUCUCGAGGAUCUCGGCCCAUCAAUGUUGUCCAAUAUCCUGACUGUCGAUCGAAGCUUUUUGGUUUUGAAUGUACACCGUUGUUAUUGAGUAGAAUGUAUAUCCAUAGCAGAGCUACAGUACUUGCAUUUUUGUAGAGACACAUAUAUAAACAGAAUAUAUAUGAUAAACAUGUAUACAUCUAUAAAUCUUUUUUAAACUACUUGUGUGAGUCAUUUGGGCACUUCCUGCCUGGUUUGUGUUUACAUUUUUAUUUAUUAUUCUCUUAUUUAUAACGUUUUUUGAGCUUGGCGUCUUCUGAGUGAUGGACUCCUCCCCUCAUCUUUCUGUAAAUAGAAUCUUCCAUUUAAGUUGUAUUAUUUUGACUACGGAGUUAUAUUUGUGCCAGUAAAAUCAAGUAAAGGUUUUAGCAUUUUAUUGGCACAAAAGUAACUCCAUAGAAAGCAGUCCAACUUGUCGGGAGUUGUGCCUCUCGCACAUUUUACGAUCAUGUGGCAUAAAAAUAAAUGAUCAAUUUGAAUUAUAAAGUUACUAUCAACAAGGUAAUCUAAUGCGAAGUAAUGAUUGUGCACAAACCUCUGAGCGAGCGGCGCUUCAUUCGAAAUGACAGCAGUAGAUGUUUUUCUAGCUGUGGUAUUAAAUUAUUAGUAGCAAAAUCACCAUGGUGAUAUGUACUUUGUCACUGUAUUUGCCAUAAUUUAUGCUUGACAAAAUAAUAAAAAGUACUGAAUCUUC